CCUGCCGAGAACAUUAUACUGUGACUCAAGGAAGUGAAACCUUUCAAGCCUUGUUUUUAUUAUUCUGAACUAUCUGUCAAAGCCACCUGUUUUAAACUAAAACGUCAAAAUGUCUUCAGACUUUGAAGCUUACGAGCAGGACUUUGGGACCAUUACAGCAGAAGUAACUAACAAAAUCGGCAGAAUUCCCAAACUAAGUGGAGAGGAGAAGACACAGCUGGUUCUAAAUGUCGACAAACAGCUUGAAGAAGUCAGAGAGUUGCUGGAGCAGAUGGACCUGGAGGUGCGGGAGAUCCCCAUCCAGAGCCGAGCCAUGUACAACAGCAGACUGAAGAGCUACAAGCAGGAGAUAGAGAAGCUCGAGAAAGACUUUAAAAGGUCACGUAUUGCCUACAGUGAUGAGGUGCGCAACGAGCUCCUGGGAGAUGACGCCAGUUCCUCCGAGAGCCAGUUGAUAAAGUUGCGUGAAGAGGUAAGUGCUUCUCUGCUCUAACAAUUUAAAUUCUGC